UUGUGCGUGUUGUUGAGAACGCAGCCAAGAGGAGAGUACAUACAGAUGGAUAUAUACGCAGACCUUCCGUCGGCGAAGCCUUCCGCGGAUGUCGCCGUCGCCUCUGCGGCCACCGCUGCUGCUUCGGCGUCCCCGGCCUCAAAAGGAUCAUGGGCCCACUCCAAGUUCCAAGGGAUGAUCGCCAACCGGAGGACGGCCAAGGCCGCAACUUCGAGGAUGGCACCGCCUACCCUGAAACGCCCAGGACCCCCUUCCGCCGCCGGCGCUCGCCCCAGCAAGACCAAAUCCAAGGCGGAAAGCUCUACCCCAACAAAGGCUAAGGAAACCCCUUCUCCGGCCGCGAGUAGGCCUCAGUCGUGGGAUAUGGGGUUCGGGGACGUAGAUGACGACUACGACCCGGCUCGCCCCAACGACUACAUGGAAUACUGCCGAGAGAGGAUCGACAAGAAGAAGCAGGAGGAGCGGGAUAGGGAGCUCAAGAUUAUCAUGGAGGAGCAGGAGCGAGAGCGGAAACGCCAAGAUGAGGAGCGAGCAGCCACGAUCAAGAAGAUCCAAGAAGCGGCCGCUAAGUCGCACGAGGUGGGAGGUGCGGGUCCAGGGGCGGCAGGGGUGGGCGUUGGGAUCGGAGGCGGAGGAAUCGGCGCACCAGCGAUGGCAGGCGUGGGUAGAGGGCGGGGUGGUGGCGGUGGCCCCGGGCACGAUGUGGCGGCCAUGGACGCGAGCAUGGGGCGCGGGCGAGGUCGCGGACUUUCCAACCUUCCGGCGUGGGUUACCAAGGGGAAGGGGGGCACGCCGGGUUCUCCGGAGAUGCCGUUGGAUGCUGUUCCUGAGGCCGGCCAACGAGGUGGAAGAUUCGGCCCCCAGGCAAAGGCUGGUGGUGCUGGUGUCGGGGGCGGGUCUGCGGCAGAGAGCGGGAUGAACUUUGCCGAGCGCAUGAUGGCCAAGAUGGGUCACAAAGAGGGACAAGGCUUGGGAGCCUCGAGGCAGGGUAUAAGCCAGCCGCUGCAGUCCAUGUCGGCCGGAGGCGGGAUGGGGGUGAUCGACAUGCACCAUUCCGACAAGAAGAGAAUGGGAGGCCCAUCGGAUACACCGGCGGCCCCAGCACGGAAAAAGCGGGGACUGUUCUCGAACCCCACAAGAGUCUUGCUCCUCAAGAAUAUGGUGGGGCCGGGGGAGGUGGAUGACGAGCUUGAAGGGGAGACUUCCGGGGAGUGCGAGCGAUUCGGGCCCGUCCGUCGAUGUCUCAUCUACGAGAUCAAGGGGGGCGACACGCCAGACACGGAGAGGGUUCGGAUUUUCGUGGCGUUCGAGAAGCAAGAGAGUGCCGUCAAAGGUUUGUUAGACGAGUUGGGCAGAGGGGGCAAGAUGGGGGCAGUACAUGCCACUAAUCUCACUUUUCCAUAUGGUGAUGCACCUCUUCGUCAAUCCCCUGAUGAUGCGUGCUUGAUAGUGUGGAUACAUUUCGUAGAUUCUUCAUGGGCUCUUUUGGGAUAGCGUCCACAGCACGGAGCAUGACGGCUGGAACUCACUAAUUGCUGUGGAGACAGGAUGAUAUUACAAUGAUGAACGUUCUGGCCCUUCUCCUUAACUCCCUCCAACUGCUGUUCCGCGUUUGUUUGGCCGCGUGGACAACUUUACGAAGCCUACCUGGAGAUGAACGGUCGAUUUUUUGGGGGUCGACAGAUCGCCGCGUCGUUCUACAAGGAAGACAAGUUCGACGCGUUGGAUCUAGAGCCUCAGGCGGACGAGGAGAAGUCGUAGAAUCGCUACUUCAGGCGGUCCUUAAAACUACUGGAUGCCACAUCGGAGAUGGACGAUUUGAUGGAACGUCUUGGGCGUACAUACAAUAGUUAGCUGCUGUUUCGGCGUUUGUUGUAAUGAUGCGUGCGUGUGUGACUGGUAUGUCGCAGCUAUGGAAGAUGCUAUCAUUGAUGAUGCUGGAGUUGUGGACAGAGCAUGGACAAAUCAUCAUCGAAGUUGGGUCGACAUGAUGCGCGGAAGACUUGGGUGGAGCUGUCCAAGAAGACUAGAGUGGUCUCUGCGUGAACACGGCCAAUGUCCUGUUCUGAGCAGGCGGGACUCUCGCUCAUUUGAUUGCCUGGAGUUUUGCUGGUGGUGAUGAGCUAAUGUAGUCAGCGUUCAAUAAUGUAAAAAAACGGUGACCACCGGUUCCAAAUCAUCACCAACGAUCGCAAUGCUGUUUGAC